GAAUGGGAUAGCUUCUUCUUCCUACUCAGUGCCAACAAUAUGCCUAAGCAAGUAGAAGUGCGGAUGCAUGAAAGCCAUUUAAGUCCAGUGGAGCACAGAUCCAGGAACAUAUGUGUGCAGUUCUGCCAGUCGCUCCAGAGGAAUCUGCUCCUGACUCUCACUGUAUUUGGUGUCAUCCUGGGUGCCGUGUGUGGGGGUCUUCUUCGUCUAGCAACACCUAUUGACCCCGACAUCAUCAUGUUAAUAGGCUUCCCAGGAGAUAUACUUAUGAGGAUGCUAAAAAUGCUGAUCCUCCCUUUAAUUAUCUCCAGUUUAAUCACAGGACUGUCUGGUUUAGACGCUAAAGCAAGUGGCCGAUUGGGUACAAGAGCCAUGGUCUACUACAUGUCCACCACUAUUAUUGCUGCUGUGUUGGGGGUGAUUUUGGUUUUAGCCAUCCAUCCAGGGAAUCCGAAACUCAAGAAACAGCUUGGUCAAGGGAAGAAGAACGAUGAAGUAUCUAGUCUGGAUGCUUUCUUGGAUCUGAUCCGAAACCUGUUCCCUGAAAAUCUAGUCCAAGCAUGCUUUCAGCAGAUCCAAACUGUCACCAAGAAAGUGCUGGUGCCACCACCCAUUGAAGAACCACCUAAUGUCACCGACUCAGCUUUUGCUAUGAUGAAUGAGACAGUGAAUGAAGCACCACCAGAAGCCCAGCUGGUCAUUAAGAAGGGACUUGAAUUUAAGGAUGGCAUGAAUGUCCUGGGUUUGAUAGGAUUCUUUAUUGCUUUUGGCAUUGCUAUGGGGAAAAUGGGAGAACAGGCCAAGAUGAUGGUGGAUUUCUUCAACAUCCUGAAUGAGAUUGUAAUGAAGUUAGUAACUAUGAUCAUGUGGUAUUCCCCCUUGGGCAUUGCUUGCCUCAUCUGUGGAAAAAUCAUUGCAAUCAAGGACUUAGAAGUAGUUGCUAGACAACUUGGCAUGUACAUGGUCACUGUGAUUGUGGGUCUUCUCAUACAUGGAGGGAUCUUCCUGCCUCUGCUCUACUUUGUGAUAACAAGGAAAAGCCCAUUUUCAUUCCUUGCUGGGAUUUUCCAGGCAUGGAUCACAGCACUAGGCACAGCUUCCAGUGCUGGAACAUUACCGGUCACGUUCCGGUGUCUUGAAGAAAACCUAGGCAUUGAUAAGCGUGUAACGAGGUUUGUUCUUCCUGUUGGAGCAACUAUUAACAUGGAUGGAACUGCCCUUUAUGAAGCUGUGGCUGCCAUCUUCAUAGCACAGAUGAAUGGAAUUGAGCUGGAUGGAGGCCAGAUAGUUACUGUAAGUUUGACCGCCACCCUUGCAAGUGUUGGAGCUGCCAGUAUUCCCAGCGCGGGACUUGUCACUAUGCUUCUGAUCCUUACUGCAGUGGGUCUCCCUACCCAGGACAUCAGUUUGCUCGUUGCUGUUGACUGGCUUUUGGACCGGAUGAGAACGUCAGUCAAUGUAGUGGGGGAUUCUUUUGGUGCUGGCAUUGUCUACCACCUUUCCAAGGCAGAACUUGACACCAUUGAUUCCCAUCAUAAAGGUCACGAAGACAUUGAAAUGACCAAGACUCAGUCAAUCUAUGAUGACAUGAAAAAUCAUAGGGAAAACAACUCAAACCAAUGUGUUUUUGCAGCUCACAACUCAGUCAUAGUAGAUGAGUGCAAGGUAACACUGGCAACCAAUGGCAAAUCUCCAGACUUCAGUGUUGUUGAAGAGGAGCCCUGGAAACGUGAAAACUAAGGGAAGAGAUUCCUAGCUCCAUCUUUAAUAAGCCCUGAAGCUAUCUUCUGGCAAAAGAUACCACGACUAAAGAAGAUUUCUCUUUUUUCUAUUUAACAUCUACAGUUUCUGCUUACUUAAUUUCUUAACUGAAACUUAGCAAAGAUCUCAUCAAGUCAUUGUAGUGUCUUUGCCAAGCAAUGAUCCGUAACCAUCUGUCUCCCUUGUGUUACUGUUUGGAUGAUGCAGCUGCAGAGUACUCCAUGCAGAGCAAUGUGCUCUCACCCGCCUCCCCUUCCAUUCAAGACACAGAGAAUGUAAAUGCUGCAAAAUGGGAAGAUCCAAGUGCCAGUACGGUUCACUACAGGGACUCAGGGUCACAAAUACAAGAGAAACAUAACACCACGUAAACUUCCAAGUGUUUUGGUGUCUCUUGUGGCAUGCCUGAUCUAUUUAGCACUGUAUGGCUAAAAUAUCUUU